GGAUGGUACGAUGUGGGCUUUCACGGCUCGGACAUUAAGACACCCAACAUUGACAGGCUAGCUCAGCAAGGCGUGAUACUGGACAACUAUUAUGUUCAACCAAUGUGCACCCCAACUCGCGGAUCUCUGUUAACAGGAAAAUACCCCAUACACACAGGUCUUCAACACUAUGUCAUCAUGGGUGCACAACCGUAUGGACUUCCACUGACGGAAGUGACUCUAGCACAGCGUCUCAAAACUCUCGACUACUCCACACACAUCGUUGGCAAAUGGCAUCUGGGUUUCUGCGCUAAGGACUACCUGCCUGAAAACCGCGGUUUUGAUUCACAUCUGGGAUAUUAUAUGGGACUUGGUGACUAUUUUCAUCACUACGCGCAAGAAGGGGAAUACCUGGGCUAUGAUUUUCAUCACAACGGACAAACUGUGUGGAAUCUGAGUGAUGUAUAUUCCACUGAAAUAUUCACGGCUCGAGCGGAAGCUAUAAUACGUUCACACAACCAAUCAAAGCCUUUAUUUCUGUAUCUGGCCCAUCAAGCAGUCCAUGCUGGCAAUGAGAAUGAUCCUAUUCAAGCUCCACAGAAAUAUGUGGACAGGUUUCCAUACAUUCAAGAUCUACAACGGAGAAAGUUUGCAGGUGUUGUUGCUGCUUUAGACGAUUCAGUGGGAGCUGUAUACAGCGCGCUGACAGACUCUGGGCUUCUGGACAACACUAUUAUUAUCUUUAGCUCUGACAAUGGUGGCCCAGCCAAUGGCAUGGAGGACAGUGCCUCUUCUAACUGGCCUUUAAGAGGAAGCAAACGAGCCUUGUGGCAAGGCGGUGUGCGAGCAGUGGGUUUUGUCAACAGUCCCUUGCUGCAGAAACAAGGUUAUGUCAACUCCAACUUGAUGCAUGUGGUCGACUGGCUACCAACGCUUUACAGCCUGGCUGGGGGAAGCUUGACAGACAUAGGAGACAUCGAUGGAAUAGACCAGAGAGAUGUUUUGUUGGAGAAUGCACCAACAACUCGACAAGAAGUCCUGCUCAACAUUGACCCAAUUGACAAGACUGAAGCUUUAAUUUUAGGAGAUUAUAAAAUCAUUUCGGGUGACCCAUCCGGGGGUAAAUACGAUGGUUGGUACCCUGCCCCAGAAGUCUCUGAGAGUGUUUACCUUUCUGAUAUAAGUAAAAACUUUCAAGGGUGUGACCUGAGACUGGCUGACAAGACAUUGGUGAAGUGUGGUCACAAGCCACAGUUAGCAAGUGACAACUGUCACCCUGAAAAAGCAGCCUGUCUGUUCAAUCUGAAAGACGGACCCCUGUGA